UGGACUAUUCUAAUGUCAAGCUCUACAUCUCAAUACAUCACAGUGAUUCAAAGUAAAACAAGGCAUAUGUGCUGGAAUCAGGGGAGGACUGACAACUCAUGGGGCCCCCGGGCAAUAGGGGAUCAUGGGGCCCCUGUGUCCUUGCCCAAACUCAAAAAAGCCUAUGAAAAAGGUACCAGGGGCAUCUCAUGGGGCCCCCUACUGACCCUGGGCCCCCAGGCAGUGCCCGAGUUUCCAAAUGGUCAGUCUGCCCCUGGCAGU